UACAGACGUACAUACAACUUCAGAGUAUAAGGCUUUUCUUCUUCUUCUUUUUCUUUUUCUAUCUCUGAAAAAGGCAGCUACGUUAUUAAGCUGAAACGAUGAGGAUAUGCGAUCAGUAGCUAACUAGAGAGGAAAGAGGCAAGAUCAUUAGUUUUGUGGGUAUAUUUCAUCAAACAAAUUCAUUAUCAUAUCUGGGAUUGUCGAAGUUGUAAGAAAGUUGUUGUCUUCUUCCUAAAAAAAAUAAAAUUAUGGAGCCUGAAAAUCUCCAUCCCCAGCACCAUCUCCAGGAACAAUAUGGAGGUUAUUAUUCUUCUUUAUUGUUUCAACCAGAGUAUAAGGCUUCAAGCAACAACAAUAUGAACCCUGACAUCUUUUUGGAGUCUUGGCAACCGUAUAGAGGUUCCUUAUAUCCUGCAGGCUCCAUGAGUUUCUGUGCAACUGCUGCGCCCCGCUGCUUCACCCAACAAUCUGCGGAUGAGUUGCUACUUUCGAAGAUCAAAGAAGAGAUGACAGAUUCAUUCCCUAGGCUGAGCGAAAUCGUUUCCAGUCCUUGUACUGAUAAUAUACUGGAAUCUCAUUCUGUGUCAACAAUGUAUAAGCUUGAUCAUCAUCAUGAUGAAAAUCAGUGGCUCUGCAGCAACUUCUCUUCUGCUGACCAUGUCACGGAACUACAGCUUUCAGCUGGAUUAGAGCUAAACUACUGUAAUAAUAAUGUUCAAGACUGUACAAGUAUUCUGGAAAGCUCAUCGUCUGCUUCUAGCAGAUCUAACUACUUCAGCCAUUUUCUACCAAGUAUAAAUAUUUCAAACUCGGAUUUAGACUUGAACUUGCAAGCUGUGGAUCUUUUAACCCCUAAAUCUGAUGCUGCCAGCGCUAUUUCCAGAAAGCAGAAGGCUUCACAAAAUAGUAGUGUUGAUCAUUUCAUGGGAGAACUAAUCAAAGAAAGUCCUGCAAGUAGCUCAAACAAAGCCUCAGACUUUGAAGAUGCAGUUCAGAGAAAAAAGAGAAGUAGCAGUUUUGUGGAAACUAAAAAGAAGCAUGAUCCACCAUCAAGAUCCUCAUGCCCCCCAUUGAAGGUUAGGAAGGAGAAUCUAAGAGAGAGGAUUGCAAAUCUUCAAAGGUUAGUGGCACCUUAUGGCAAGACAGAUACUGCUUCUGUAUUGACAGAAGCAAUUGGCUAUAUCCAAUUUCUUCAUGACCAAGUGCAGACAUUGAGUGUACCUUACAUGAGGUCAUCCAACAGCAACCCAACUAGAAAAAUGCAAGCGAGUUCGAGCGAAGAAGAUGGGAAGCGACAACCAAAGAGAGAUCUUGUAAAUAGAGGGUUACGCCUUGUACCCUUAUCUUGUGUCUCAUUCUUCAAUGGUUACAGUGCUGGAAUUUAAAUUUGGAUGAACAAGAAAAUUGUAUGUAAGAAAAAAAUAAUGCUGAAAUUAUGAAAGUUCUUGACCUCAUCAUUAUUAAUAGCUAGGAUUAAGCUUGUAGGGGAGGAAGGUUCUGCAUUAGAGAAUUUAAUUUUCUAGUGUGUUACCCAUUUUCUUAGGAAAAUAUUGUUGCUUUUAUAAUUUUUGUUUCUGACUGGUCGCU